AGUUUCAAGAAACAUCAACAAAUCGACCGAAUGAAAAAAACUUUCUUUUUCUUCAUUUUUGUUUAUAUAACAUAACAGAAACUAAAAGUGGUAACAAUCAUUUUUUUCUCUCUCCAAUUCUGUUAGAUUUGAAAGAACAAACGAAAACAAGAAUAUUCUGUAUUUGGUAGAAAAGAGUUUUACUUUGAAAGUUCAUUCGAAGAAAAUUUAAACUCAAAUAAUAUUAAGUUUGAAUAGCUGAAGAAGAAAAAAAAAAUGUCGAAAAAUUUGAAUGAUUUCGAUCCUGAUACUAUUUCCACUUUAUUUAAUCGUAAUGGUUAUGUAUUGUUAGAAAAUUUUCUUCCAAUUUCAAUGAUCGAUGAAUUGUUAAUCGAGACAAAAAAUUUAGUCGAACAAUAUGAUCCACAACAAACAUUAAACAAUGAAGAAAAUGAAGAAGAAGUGACCGUAUUCAAUGCCGGAAAAAAACAAUCAGCUAAUGAAUAUUUUCUUGGUUCAAGCGAUAAAAUACGUUAUUUUCUUGAACAAGAUGCAUGGGAUGAACAGAAUCAUUGUUUUCGUGUAUCGAAAAUAAAUUCAUUGAAUAAAAUUGGUCAUGCAUUACAUUGGUUGAAUCCAGUGUUCAAACAAUUUACAUUCCAGAAACGUUUUCAAAUGAUUGCUCGAUCAAUUGGUUUAGAAGAUCCAUUGAUUGUACAAAGUAUGGUUAUAUUUAAAAAUCCAUAUAUUGGUGCCGAAGUUCCUGAACAUCAAGAUGCAACAUUUUUAUAUUCAACUCCUGAACCACGAGUCGUUGGUAUUUGGAUACCGCUUGAAGAUGCAACGGAAACGAAUGGUUGUUUACAAUUCAUACCAGGUUCACAUCGUACACAUCCGUUACGAAAACGAUGGAUACGUCACCAUGAUCCUAUAGAUGGCCGUAUACAGAUGAAAGAUCAAUAUGGUGAUUGGUCAAAUGGUGGGCAAGAAAAAAUUGAACAUGAGAUUAACAAUGAUGAAGAAAAAAGCGAAUUGAAUAAAUCAAAUUUUGUAUCCGUACCAGCACCAAAAGGUUCUUGUAUAUUGAUUGAUGGUCUUGUCGUUCAUCGAAGCGAUCCAAAUUUAUCGAAUAAAGCACGACCAGCUUAUACAUUUCAUAUAUUUGAUCAAGGAUAUCUUCAUGAUGAUGUUGAUGAUGAUGAUGAUGAUAAGCAAAAAAUCUUAGAACAUCAAUCAACAACAACAACAACAAAAUCAAAACCAAAACGACAAUGGGAUUCGCUUAAUUGGCUUCAGCCAACCGAUCAAUAUUCGUUUCCACGCUUAUAUUGUAAUGAUUUUGAUGAUGAUGAUGAUGACGUUUGAUCAACAAAUUUCAAAUGAAGAAAAUGUUAAUCGAAAAUUCAUGUUGAUGAUGAAA